AUGCAUUUCAGCAAACUACCAUCCUGGGACGACAUCCCCAAUGUUCCAGGCAUGCCGCACGGGUGUGCCUGGGGUCUGUUUGAUCAAAAUGGCGAGCGAGAUCAACUAGGCACGCUAAAUCUAAUUACCCCAGAAACAAUACUGAAGGCGAAAGACGAGAUUGAAUAUGGGGAUAGCGUGUCUCUCGACUGGUCCCUAAACCAUGUUCAGGAUCCUGCUGCAGAACGAAAGCCGUUUGAGCACCAAAUUAGGAGUUUGAAGCAUCUAGGGUAUACGGCCUACGACGAUGAAAUCAAAAUUAACACGCAAAGUAGCAGCCAAUGGGACGGUUUCAGUACAGCUCGCUCAUGUUUAAAGUACUUUGCAGGACACUGGGCCCACCAGCAAACCGGGCUUCAUUACAAUAACAUGACGCAUGAUGAGGUUCUGGAUCCUCAGAAUUACGAUAAUUCUAUCCACUACUGGAGAUCACGAGGUGGAAUUAUUGGGAGGGGAGUCUUGAUCGACUACCACCACUGGGCAACAGCCAAGGGACUCGACCAUCCGGUAUUUGAACGAACGACAAUCUCAACAAAACAAAUAGAAAAGAUAGCCUGUGACCAAGGGGUGGAGCUUCGACCGGCAGAUAUACUUAUUAUCCGAACCGGUUGGACAGAUAUGUAUAACCAGGCUACCGAUGCACAGCGGUCCGAGGGCACGACAGGGGACAAGCACAUUGGGCUCGAAGGCAGCGAGCAAACGGUCAAGUGGCUAUGGGACAAACACUUUACCGCCGUUGCGUCGGAUACGUUGGCCUUUGAAGCCUGGCCAACCAGGCCACCAUUCAGUCUACAUGACUGGCUCAUUGCUUUGUGGGGAUGUCCGGUUGGCGAGCUCUGGGAUCUCGAGUCACUUGCUGCCAAGUGUCGGUUGUACAAGAAGUGGUCUUUCUUUAUUUCGAGUGCUCCCUUGAAUGUCAUUGGGGGUGUAGCCUCGCCGCCCAAUAUCAUUGCAAUCCUGUAA